GCCAACGAAGGUUUGGCACCAACGCGUUACACCGCUACACUUCCACCUACCUUCCUUCUCUGUCGUCGUCGCUGCCGACCACAAUGUCUGCUGCAGAUACGUUAUGCUACACGGUCAUCUUUGAGUCAGCUACUGAGUCUCCUUCGGCGUCUGAACUGCGCCAGCUCCUUGAAAAAGGCUCGGAUGAAGGCAAAAUCGACACGUUGCGCCGGAUCGUCAUUUCGACUAUCAAUGGAAAUCCUCAGCCGACAUUGCUUAUGCCCAUUAUCCAAUUCGUCUUGCCGUCGCGGAACAAGCAGCUGAAGAAAUUGCUGCAUUUCUACUGGGAAGUCUGUCCAAAGUAUGAUGAGCAGGGAAAACUGAAGCAGGAAAUGAUCCUUGUUGUCAACGCCAUUCGAAAUGACUUGCAACACCCAAACGAAUACAUUCGUGGUGCAACUCUGCGGUUUCUGCAAAAAAUCGCCAAAGAUUCCGAGCUCCUUGAACCUCUCAUUCCUACCUGUAGAUCCUGUCUAGAGCAUCGGCACUCUUACGUCCGCAAAAAUGCAGUUUUCGCCGUCUACUCCAUCUAUCGCGAAUAUGAACAUCUCAUCCCAGAUGCCCCAGAGCUCAUGCUCACCUUCCUCGCCGCGGAGACCGACUCGACUUGCAAGCGUAAUGCGUUCGUGUUUUUGGCUCAUUGCUCUAUGCCGAAAGCCGUCGAGUAUAUUUCGAGCAUUUACGACUCCAUUCCUUCUCUAGACGAAACGUUGCAGAUGAGUAUUAUUGAAGUGAUACGUAUGGAUUGCAAAAAUGAAUCUGCCCAGCGUGGCCGUUACAUUCGGUGCAUAUUUGACCUUCUCAACGUUUCUUCUCACGCUGUUAAGUACGAGGCCGCAACAACGUUGACCGCACUUACACAAAACCCUGCAGCCAUCAAAGCCGCUGCAUCUUGCUACAUUAACCUCAUAAUAAAGGAAUCAGAUAAUAACGUUAAGCUCAUCGUGUUAGAUCGUCUUGACGCCCUUCGUUCAAGGCAUGGCCAUGUCAUGGAUGGCCUCAUCAUGGACGUGUUGCAGAUCCUGUCGACUGCCGACAUGGAAGUUCGUCGGAAGGCCAUCAGUGUGGUUCUCAGUAUGACAACUAGUCGCAAUGUUGAAGAAGUCGUUCUCUUCCUAAAGAAACAGCUUCCAAAGACCCAAGAAGCCGACUUUGACAAGGCUUCGGAGUAUAGGCAACUCCUCAUCCAGUCCAUCCAUGUAACAGCUAUCAAGUUCUCCGAGGUUGCAGCCAGCGUUGUACAUGCUCUGAUGGAAUUCCUCGGCGACACAAGUAACCCCUCUGCUCUCGACGUUGUUGCCUUUGUGCGUGAAGUUGUGGAGAAAUUCCCCAACCUCAGAGCGACUAUCUGCGAAAGAUUGAUACAAACCCUACCAGAAAUCAAGUCUGGGAAGGUUUUCCGUGGAGUGCUAUGGAUUUUGGGCGAAUACGUCGAGACAGCAGUCGACAUCCAGGAGACAAUGCAAGUUGUGAGGAAAGUACUGGGCGAGAUCCCUAUUCUCGCCUCAGAGCAACGACUGCUAGAUGAAGCAGGCGGAGAGGAUCACGAGACGGAGAAGGGAGAAAAGGCUGAAGUUAUUGGCCGACCGAAAAUAUUGGCAGACGGAACAUAUGCUACAGAAACAGCAUUCUCAACUACAGGCGCAUCUCGUUUGGAAGCUGUUAAGUCUGCUGCUAAGCCUCCCUUGCGAACACUUAUCCUAGGGGGUGAUUUCUUUACCGGAGCAGUCUUGGCUGUGGCCCUUUGUAAACUUGCCCUUCGUUUCGACUAUCUGAAUAAAGAUGCCCUUGCCUCCAACUCGUUACGCGCCGAGGCAAUGCUGAUAAUGACUUCAAUCAUUCGUGUUGGCCAAUCUAAGUUUGUCACAGUUCAAAUCGAUGAAGACUCCAACGAGCGUAUAAUGAAUUGUAUACAAACUCUCAGCGAGCUUCGGGCACAGCCCGUGGUCCACGAAGUCUUCCUCAACGAUUCUAAAAUUGCCUUCUCCAAGAUGCUCACCGCUCAAGAGAAGCGAGCUGUUGAGAAGAAGGAAACAGAGGCGACGAAGGCGGCAGUUGUCCAAGUUGACGAUCUGCUAACCUUCAGACAGUUCUCCAAGAAGACCACUGAUGAUGCCAUUGAUGAUGAUGAGGAUGUCGGUCGUGCUACAGGCUCGGGCGAAAUACAAGACGACUUCAUUUCGAAUCUUAGCCGAAUUGCUCAGCUUACUGGAUUCUCCGAUCCAAUAUACGCUGAAGCAUAUGUCAAAAUGCACGGCUUUGAUAUCAUGCUUGAUGUGCUUCUAGUUAAUCAGACACCGAACACACUGCAGAACCUUUGCCUGGAUUUUGCUACUCUGGGUGAUCUCAAAAUCGUCGAAAGGCCGUCAGUUUUCACUAUUGGCCCACAUGGAUUCCAGAGUAUCAAAGCUACUAUAAAGGUGUCAUCGACGGAGACCGGUGUUAUUUUCGGAAGUAUACUUUGGGAAGGCCACAAUAUGUCAGAGGCCUGUGUCAUUCUCAACGACAUCCAUAUCGAUAUCAUGGACUAUAUCAAACCUGCUUACUGCAGUGAGGCACAGUUCCGCAGUAUGUGGACCGAAUUCGAAUGGGAGAAUCGGGUUAACGUCAACAAUUCUAUGUCUGACCCGAGAGAGUAUCUCAAGCAUGUCAUGAAAGCCACAAAUAUGUCGUGUUUGACGCCUGAAGGCGCCCUUUCAGGAGAAUGUGAUUUCCUGUCCGCAAAUAUGUAUGCAAGAAGCCUGUUUGGCGAGGAUGCGCUGGCCAAUUUAAGCAUUGAACGAACGGAGGCAGGUACCAUUACAGGCCAUGUAAGGAUCCGUAGCAAGACGCAGGGUAUAGCUCUCUCAUUGGGUGAUCGGAUUACAAUGGAUAGUAAGCCUACAUCGUUGUAGCUCCCGUUUUGUUUGGUCAUAGAAUAGUGUCAAUCAUGUUGCCCCUGGAUGUAACGCACAGUAUUUAACAUCAUACUGAUUCUCUUGAGAUCUAAGAGCCAGACUGCUUCGUAGCAAAGGUACCGGUCCGUGUUUUGUCUCAUGAUGUGCAGUGUCCCUUCUCGAGUCCCUUGGUCAGAUACGAUAAUCUACUUCCAUUGCCGAAAACUGGC